GACAAACUAUUCAACCUGUAGCUCUGGAAAGGACAGUACAUCCCACGCAGUGGAAAGAGUGCAUCACUACGACUAUCGUCAUCUUGUCUGCGUCCUCUCUGGCACUAUGAAAACGCACACAUGUGAAACCCGCUGAGGACGAAUUUAUCUGGGAACAAACUUUUGGAAUUUCCUGCAACUUUGGGACCAAUUCUUUAAUCUUGUCCGUAGGCUAUCAGUUGUCUUAAUACUUCAACGUCAGACACAAUGUAUUUCCACAAUCGGGUCCUAUUUGUGUUUUUGAAUUCCCACGCGCUACUGAUGAUGAUGUGCCUGCCACCAGCCUCAGCGCAGAAGUCCAAUGGUCCUCGGUGGCUUAUAGGGGAAAGAGAGAGCCCAUGUUCCCCUGCAUGCUCCAGGAGUCACGGCAAGCCUGUGUGUGGGUCAGACGGACGCAGUUAUGAUACCAACUGUGACCUGGAGAGGGCGAAAUGCAAGGACCGCACUCUCACCCUCGCCCACAGAGGCCGAUGCAAAGGUAAAAACUGGGUGAGGAUUGAUCAACCUCUUCCUGUGCCCACACUGGUUUCAGAGGUCAAAGAGCUGUCAGCAAUGAAAGAAGCAGGCCAGACGAAAUGUCGGACUGAGAGGAUUCAGGCUCUGGAACAAGCCAAGAGGCCACAGGAAUCCAUUUUUAUCCCAGAAUGCAAUGACGACGGAACAUUUGCCCAGGUCCAGUGUCACACUCUCACAGGAUACUGCUGGUGCGUGACCACAGAUGGCAAGCCAGUCAGCGGUUCCUCUGUCCAGAACAAAACGCCAGUGUGUUCAGGAAACUUCCGUGAAUUUAUGGGAACUCAUGCUGGGACAAGUGGAUUGUCAGGGUCAGUAACCGAUAAGCCACCGGGACCUCCAAGCUCGGGCAAAAAAGAUCUUGUUUCACCUCUUCGGCACUGGGCUGUACUCAAGACAAAGUGCAUGUGCACCAGAUGUUUAUGUCACCAGCAGGUGGAAGGCUAUGAUGGCUCCAAGCCCACACCAACCAUGGAGACUCAUGUUGUCCCAGAAGGUGAGGAGAUUACAGCUCCAACAUUGUGGAUUAAGCAGCUGGUGUAUAAAGAGAACAAACAGAACAGUUCAAACAGUAGGAAGCCAGAGAAAGUUCCCUCUUGUGACCAGGAGAGGCAGACGGCCCAGGAUGAGGCUCGGCAGAAUCCGCGGGAAGCCAUCUUCAUCCCUGACUGCGGCCUGCAGGGACUCUACAAGCCGGUCCAGUGCCACCAGUCCACUGGUUACUGCUGGUGUGUGUUGGUGGACACCGGGAGACCCAUACCUGGAACUUCCGCAAGGUAUAAAAAACCAGAAUGUGACAGUGCGGCUCGUUCUCGAGACUCAGAGAUGGAAGAUCCUUUUAGAGACAGGGAUCUGACAGGGUGUCCAGAAGGAAAGAAAGUGGAAUUCAUAACCAGUCUGUUGGAUGCCCUUACUACUGACAUGGUGCAAGCCAUCAACUCACCAACCCCCUCUGGUGGCGGGAGGUUUGUUGAGCCUGACCCAAGCCACACACUGGAGGAACGGGUGGUUCAUUGGUACUUUGCCCAGCUGGAUAAUAAUGGCAGUCACGAUAUCAACAAGAAGGAAAUGAAGCCCUUCAAGCGCUACGUGAAGAAGAAAGCCAAACCCAAGCGAUGCGCCCGCAAGUUCACCGACUACUGCGACCUUAACAAGGACAAGACCAUCACCCUUCAAGAACUCAAAGGAUGCCUAGGAGUCAAUAAAGAGGGUAGCACUUCAAGCAGCAGCAGUCAGGGGACAAGGCAAGGGACAAAUUUGUUCACAGGUCGUCUGGUCUGAAGACAGAAAGCUCCAGAAGAUGAGGCAGUAGGACGAAGCACAGUUGGAAGGCAUCUGUUCACUGCUGGAAGAGUACAACGAAGGAUUCUGAGAAGUUAUUAAGAGGUUCCUCAAGAAAAAUGAUAUCAUGGAGCCAAAAUAUUUGCACUUUCUCCUCCCAUUGUUAGGCAUUUUAUAAUGUCCUUUGUUCGUGUUGUAAACGUUUAAUUAAGAUCGACAACUCGUGUCCGAGUGUUGACCAGUUAUCCGCUACCGUCCACAUUUUCAGCACAUCCACACUCACUGCUAAUCCAGACAGUAUUAUGUAGUCGUUUUGUUUAUGUCGAAUCAAAAAUAGAAAAAAAGCAAGCGUUCUAUUUUGAAAGACGCUCGUCUUUAAAUGUCUUUUGUUGUUUUUGAAAAUGUCCGUUCAACCAAUAUGUUUGCUCCUUUGUUCACCUUGGCAACGGAACUAAUGGAGCAUUAGUGAAAAAGAAAUGGAGUGAAAUCUUUUCUGUCAACAAACAUUAGCUACGGUCUCUCAGUCUUGCACCUCAGGACACUAGUAAUGUACACCCAAACCAUCGCCUGAGAAUUAGCAGUAAGUUCUACAUGGGUUGUUCAGAAGUCACUAUCACGCAAAAUUAGUUUAGUUGAUGUCACGAAACACUUAGCUUGGCUUUGCUUUCUUCAAAUGGAUUAUUCAGUAAGUAUGGUGUGUGUCUUACAUGCUGGGCAACCGGUGUUGCUUUUUCACAAUGUUUUAUCAAAUCUUGAACAUUACAGUACAUAAACACUCUAAAAAUGCUGGGUUGUUUUAACCCAACUUUGGGUCAAAUAUGGACAAACCCAAACGUUGGGUUAAAAAUGUAAUUAAAACAUUUUACCCAAUGGCUGGGUUUGUCCAUAUUUGACCCAAAGUUGGGUUAAAACAACCCAGCAAUUUUUAGAGUGGGGGUUUCCAAUUGCUAUAGACUGAUAAAUGCACGCAACUGGCCUAGUUUAGGAUCCAUAUUUAUAAUAUCCUUUCAAAGUGUAACAUUUUUCCAUAUAUCAGUUCUUGGCAUACACUAAUAGACAAUAGUAAUACCAUUUUUUUUUUUUUUACAUGUUGCAUGGUAUUCUUUGAAGUACUUAGGAGUGACAUGUAAACACCAUGGAAAAUUACAAUGUAAUCAUUCAGUACCACUGUAUUUUUUUUUUUUUUUUUUUUUUUCGCAUUUUCUUCUCUGGCUAGAAGAGGAUUUUCUAAAUCAGGAGGUUCACGUAGGUCUAACUAUAAAUGGAGUGUGUUCGAAAGCAAUUUUUUCUCAGCCAAUGUAAUCAGUUGUGUAGUAGUUAUGUCGCAGCAAUGAAUACGCGAAAAGGGUAAUUGAUUUUAAAAAAGAAAAGAAAUAAAUAGAUGUAUUUACAUUGACUCAAAAUUACAUUCUACAGUACGUCAUCAUUUACUGGGCUUUGGAAAUGAUCAUUUCUUGUCCAUUCCAAAAGCGAUACUUUCAACGUCUUGCAAGAAAACAAUAAAAAUAGAGAUAUAUAAAUAUAUUUACCCCUUAUUUCUUUUUCGGUAACUUUCUACUUUAGGAAAGAUGUGUUUGUUUUGUGUUUUGUGUGUGUGUGCGCACGUGCGUAUCUGUGUGUGAGUGUUACAUGUACUUGGAAUGGCUUAAAAAUUAAAAAUGGUCAAGUUGUAAAUAUUUACAUAUGUGCUUUUUUUGGGCUUUUCCCCAAUUCAAUCUUAAAACAUUGUUUAGCAAACCCUGAAAGCAAUGUCAACAUCAAUUAGAUUAUAUCUUAGAGUAAAUAAUUGUAAGUAGACUGUUUUGCUCUCAUCAUGUCCGUUUUUUUUUCUUUCGAAGUCUGUUCAACACAAUGUAAAAAUGACAGCCAGUGACAAUACACAUUU